AGCGCAGAGGGGGCGGGACUGGUAGACUGUAGAAUAAAGCUGUAGACAGAGUCUCGCGCCACACAGCGCUGGAAACUCACUCUCACUGACUCACUCACUCACCCACCAUACUCAGAGUUAACACAGCAACAGACCCGUGUUUCAGGGGUUGUUAAGAACACAGAGUAAGUGAGGUAAUCAUGGCUCUGGAUGGAUGUGGACAGAUAUGCAAGGUCCUGCUGUUCCUGGUGAACCUGCUGUUUGUGCUGGCCGGCAUGGGGAUGCUCUGUGGGGGGUUGUACCUGAGGUUCAGUGCUGAAGGUCCUCUCAACUUGGACCUGAAAACCCAACACUUCGUUUUUGCGGUAUCCGUGCUGAUGGCAGUGGGAGCUGCUAUUCUGAUCGCUGCUGCUAUUGGAGAUUAUGCUUCCUGCAGUGAGAAUAAAUCAGCACUGGGAGUGUACUGCAGUAUCCUGGCUUUUCUAGCUACGCUGACCAUUAUCUGUGGAGUCCUUUCCUACCUUAACAUCAGAGAGUUCUGCAAUCAUGUGGGUGAAUUCUACGCCACGGUUUACGCCCAGUACCUCAUCAAGAAAGACGGGAUCCGCGCCAUCAUCCUCCGACUGUUCCACAAUGCUUUUGACUGUUGUGGGUUAGGAGGGACGCUGCAGACGAUCAUGCAGGAGACGGACACCUGUCCUCAGAAAUACUCACUGAUGGGAAUUUCCUUCUCCACCUCUACUAGCUGUGUGACUGCAAUCCUGGCUGACCUGCAGGCGUCCACAGUGCUGGGAACGUUUAUUGGCAUCGCUGGUCUCAUGAUUUUGGCUGUAGCACUCGCUUCAGCCGUCUGGCAUCAGUCCUCUCGCUCCGUCUCUUCUCCUCCACCCUAUGUUCUCCUCACCUCCUCCAUUCCUCUCUCCUCCCCCUCUUCUGCACCUUCCACUUCCGUCCUCCUGUACUCUCCUCCCCCCGUCACCGACACGGCUGAAGUGAUCUGACCAGCUUCAUCACGACCCGAUUCCACAUCUGUGCACUCAUUUUUAAUCAUCCACAUCUAAACCUACUUUUGACUGUAUUUAGGAACUACUAAAUACUAUCUCUCUUUCUUUCUCUCUCUCUAUUUUUCUCUCUGGCCAGCUGGUGGCGUUGGGGUGCAGUAGUCUGAUGUACCACAGUGUAAAGAAGAGCAUGUAUUACUCACAUCCGGCUACCUACUACUACUGAUCUGCUGCUGAUUUUCAGCCCUGCCACACACCCCUUCUUCUUCACCUUCCUCCUCCUCCUCCUCUUCGUCCCUUCUCCCCUCCUCCUCCUCCUCCUCCUCUUCUUCCCUUCUCCCCUUCUUCUCCUCCCUCUCUUUCUCCAGCCAGCAGAUGUUUUCACCAUCAACCAAGCUGUCUGCACUUAUUCUGCACCUUCUUACUUUGAAAUCGUCCACUCAGCCUUAAAUGGUGCUGCAGGUAAACCAUUAAUUUACCAUUAGGGUUCCCCAGUGUUGUGUCGUUUAAGGUGGAAUGGACAAUUUCUAAAUAAGAUGCCAACUUCAGCCCAGUAUGAAGAUGGAAGGAUGCAAAAAUGCACGUGCCAAACGCUGAUGAGGACUUCAGCAGUCUGUCCAUAUUGCACAUUCCUGCUCUUACUGUUAGCAACAAAAAAGGGAUACUUAUUGUUUUUGUUUUUAAUCUAAAGAAAUGGAAUUUCUUAUUUUUUUCUUAUACAUUCUUGUAGUCUAGUAUAUAGUGCUUUUCACGUUCUGCUAUAUAUCUUUUGUUACAUUAGAACCUGUGUUUGGAGUUUAAAUGAUUACUGAUUGUAUUUCUGUGGAACUGACUGUUACCAGAAUAAACGGAUCUGUGGUA